CAGACACUCACACAAGUUUGGAGCAACAUGAGGGAGAGUAAAUGCUGACAGAAUGAUCAUUUUCUCUGUGAAACACACUGAAGUAUGUACUGUGACUGUGACUUGUGUAAACACACACAGCGCUCGAGGAUCAGGACACACCCUCGUGUCGUAAAGCAUCAUGUGACUAAUAGUUCCCGCUCAAAUAGCGAGGCGAGGCUCAGAUCACGGCAGUGUCUCGCACCGUCUCCGAGUUCAUUUCUCAAACUCUAAUCAUUAACGGACAGAGCUUUAACACGAGCGGAGGAAGAGACGAGGCUAAAGCACAGACGAACACCACCGAGCCCAGGUGAGACGCUCCGAUUUUCAUCAUGAAGGAUUCAUGGCCUUUCUGUUUCAAGUCAAACGCUGUGAUUCUGUGCUUUGUGGGUUUGAUGAUUAACAGUGCUGAUAACGGAGCAGAUAAGCAGAACUAAAGUCAAUACGUCCACACAGAGAGACUGUCAUCAUGGAGGAGAACAAGGAAGUGCAAAGAGACUGGAAAAAACUGGAGCCGAGUCUGGAUGUGAAGAUCUUCCUCACGGUGCUGUACUGCCUCAUCCUCGUCCUGGGGAUCCUGGGAAACAGCGUCACCAUCCACGUGGCCCAGGUGCUCCAGCGGAAGGGAUACCUGCAGAAGAGCGUGACGGAUCACAUGUUGAGUCUGGCCUGCUCUGAUCUGCUGGUGCUGUUGAUCGGGAUGCCCGUGGAGCUCUACAGUGCCAUCUGGUUCCCCUUCUCGUCCUCCUCCGGAGACGCCGCCUGCAGGAUCUACAGCUUCCUGUUCGAGGCCUGCAGCUACGCCACCAUCCUCAACGUGGCCUCGCUGAGCUUCGAGCGCUACCUGGCCAUCUGUCACCCGUUCCGCUAUAAAGCUCUGUCCGGCAGCCGCACCACGAAGCUGCUUCUGUCCGCGUGGAUCUGCUCGGUGCUCGUGGCUCUGCCGCUGCUCGUGGCCACAGGGACCGAGGGGUACGUCCCCGAGGGCCGCCGGACACCGGUGCAGAACCUGACCUUCUGCACCAACCUGAGCCAGCACUGGGUCAUGUACCGCACCAGCAUCUUCACCGCGUUCACGCUCUAUCUGCUCGUCCUGGGCGCCGUGGCCUUCAUGUGCAGAUCCAUGAUCGCUGUUCUCCGGGCCCCGAUGGGACCCAACGAAUCUGAUGCCAACGGAGCUGGACCCAAACACGAGAACGCACGGCUGAAAGCGUCACGCAAACAGACCAUCCUCUUCCUCGUGCUGAUCGUCUGCGCUCUGCUCGUGUGCUGGAUGCCCAAUCAGAUCCGCAGGCUGAUGACGGCGGCGGUGCCCAAGUCUGCGUGGACCGUGAGUUACCUGCGCAGCUACGUGAAGCUCAAUCCGGUGGCCGACAGCUUCUUCUACCUGAGCUCGGUGCUGAACCCGCUGCUGUAUAACCUGUCCUCGCGCCAGUUUCGCUCGGCGUUCCUGCAGACGCUCCUGUGCCGUCUGUCACUGCAGCACAUCAACAGAAGGACGCUGGAGAGCAGCCUGGCCUCCAAGAGCUCCAGAAACACCACUCGACCCCUGCUGCGCCGGUCACUAGACCGCAUACGGACGCUUACCAGCGACAGAUCGACUCCUCCACCAUCAGGAGAGAGACAAAACCCUCCGAACCCCACUGACAGACCACCACACGCAGACCCGCUGACCUCUGACCCACAGGAGGACGAGAUAAACCAACCUACUGCACUGCCUAACACUAACUGAUGAACAAACCAGCUGGAGAAGACUAUAGACCACUGUAGACCACCGUAGACCACCUUAGACCACCGUAGACCACCGUAGACCACCGUAGACCACCUUAGACCACCGUAGACCACCUUAGACCACCGUAGACCACCGUAGACCACCGUAGACCACUGUAGACCACCGUAGACCACUGUAGACCACGGCAGAGUAUUUAAGUCCUACAUAUUAACUCAAGGGUCCUGCAGAAGGGAAUCUGUGCUAAAUCUGUUUGUGUCAACAUCAAUGACCGUUGGACAUUUACUGUAUUUUAAUAAAAACACUAUUUAUAGAAACCCUGUGAAGAAAAAAACUGAGCAAAACAUAAAUCAAAAUACGACAAGACAACAAGAAUCACAUUCAGAGCCAAACUGAGAGUUUGCAAUGCAGGACAUGAGGCUCAUCAAAGUCUGAAAUAAGAGCCCAAUGAAACCAGAACAAGCUCAGGAUUACAAUACAGGCCACAUUAAACCAGUUCUGUGCUCAGACUAAUGUUUUAUUACCAUCACCUAUAACCUUCACUAGUGACUGUCCUGAGCUGUCACUCAUGUCACAAAAACACACAAAAAUAUCGAUAAGUGACACCAUGAUCAGCAGUGCAGCGAUUGGCUGGCAGCAAGACAGCAACGUAAUGACAUCAUGUAGUUAGAAAAAGACACCUGACGAAAAACUUUUUUUCCAGACAAAUUUCUGGACUUUUAUAAAGAAACAGCUAAGCGAACAAAACAACAUAAAUGUUAUAAUAAAUAAAUGAAAUGUGGACUGUUUUUUUUAUUAUUUUUUUUUACAUGAUUCCCAAUCAUUUAUAUUCACAACUUGUAAUGUUUGUACAGGCUUUACAUUUUUAGUGUAGUAAUUAAUUUAUAUUUCAAAUUAAAUGUUAUAUUUGAACAGAUCUGUUACAUAACAGCAUUAAUUAAAGUCUCUUAAGGUUAAAGGUCAAGAUCGCAGGUUCGCGAAUCAUUUGAGUCAGUUCGGGAAUCGCAAAUCAUUUGAAUCGGUUCGGGAGUUCGUAGCGGGUUCGCGAAUCAUUUGAGUCAGUUCGGGAGUUCAAAACGGGUUCGCGAAUCAUUUGAGUCAGUUCGGGAGUUCAAAACGGGUUCGCGAAUCAUUUUAUGUCAGUUUAGGGAUCGCGAAUCAUUUUAAUCAGUUCGGGAGUUCGUAGCUGGUUUGCGAAUCAUUUGAUUCAAUUUAGGAGUUCAAAGCGGGUUCGCGAAUCAUUUGACUCUUUUUCGGGAUCGCGAAUCAUUUGAAUCAAUUCGGGAGUUCGUAGUGGGAUCGCGAAUAAUUUGAGUCAGUUCGGGAGUUCAAAGUGGGUUCGCGAAUCAUUUGAGUCAGUUCGGGAAUCGCAAAUCAUUUGAAUCAGUUCGGGAGUUCGUAGCGGGUUCGCGAAUCAUUUGAGCCAGAGGAUCCCAAAUCAUUUGAAUCAGUUCGGGAGUUCGUAGCGGGUUUGCGAAUCAUUUGAUUCAAUUUGGGAGUUCAAAGUGGGUUCGCGAAUCACUUGAGUCAGUUCGGGAAUCGCGAAUAAUUUGAGUCAGUUCGGGGUUCGCGAAUCAUAGCUGUAUAUGGAUAGGCAUUUUUAACUAAUUUAGUAGCUAGUUUUAAUUAAGUUUUUAGGUGUGAUAUGUGAACUCGUAUUUUUUUGUCUUAAUGAUGUGCCUUUUAACAGUAUCAAGUAUAUUCAAAAACUAAACAAAUCAUGCCUAAAAAGUGCACGCAUCUAGGCUAAUGUAAAGUUACAUGAUGAAGUCAUACUAGUGCGUGUGGCGCGUGUGCAUUUUGAGUGCGUUCUUUCACUGCAUUAUUCGGUUUAUUCAAAUGCAUUUAUGAAUGCAUCUGAAUGAUCACAAAAUUCAAGAAAUGGGGGUUAGAAAAUGUAUAUAUGUAUAUCAUUUUAUGUAGUUAAUCAAUAUCACAUGAAGAGUGCCAUUUCAGUUUUUCUCCAAAAAUUCACAUGAUUAAAAUGUGAAAUUAAGUUACUACAAACAAUAAUUUAAUUACAAAUACAAAAUGUUGCAGAAUAAUGUAAUAUAUGAAUGAAUAAUAGCCUAAAGAACCUUUGUGCCAAAAGGGUUCUUUCUUGUCAUUAUAGAAACGUUUUAGCAUAAAAGGUUCUUUUGGAGUUGAGUAAAGAACCCUAUGGUUCUAUAUAUAAAGACUAUAAAGAGUGUGUUGUCAUAACGUUCACCUUGGAGAUUGAAAAUGUUUCUUUUAACACCCCAGGAGCCCAAAUUCAGACCCAGAACCUUUAACACUUUCUAUUGUAUUUUUAUUCUACUUAAUCUAUUUACUUUCUUUUUUAUGUAUAUUUAAAAAAAUAAAAUAAAACAAAGCAGA